CUUUGCUCAAGGUGCCCGCUCAGUUGGUGCUGUGGGCUCUAUGCCGGCAGACCCACCCCAACGGGGGCGGCCCUGGGAGCUGUGCUGCCUCGUAUCGGGAGCCCUGCCUGCUGGGUGCCUGCCCCCAGCCCCUGGGCGAGCGAGCGGCCAGCUAGCCGUGGCUCUGGUCGUGGGCCUUUAGAAGGGGUACGGAGUUUACCGUUUAACGGGUGUUACGGCCGUGGCUGGCUUGGGCGGCUCGCAGGACUCCCCGAGAAGGCUGCGCGUCUGGUAAGCAGUCAGGCUGCUGCAGUCUUGUGUAUUUGAUUUGAGAACACUUUUGGCACCUCCGUGUGUGCUGUUCUCUUUCUCCAAUUGUCAUUAGCAAGCACCAUGAGGUUUCGAAGUGGUUUUACCAUAUCUUUUGAUGCCUCCGAAGAAGAAAUGUACCAAGGCCAGGAAGGCAGAGCUGGUGUUCCUCGAGAGGCCGCGAGAGGGACCCAUUCAUUGCUAUGAAGCUCCAGUACAUUCGGCUGAAAAUCCAAGACGUGUUCCUUCAAAACCUGUAGACCAGAACACCUCUGCUGCCUGGGUGUGUCCACAAUUUGAAACAACUACAUCAGUGGCGUUGAAAGCAUGCCAGAAGAAGCAUCAUGGUCCUCACAAACCCCAGAAUCACAAUGCCAGCUACAGUUCACUUCAUAUAGGAGGAGCUUGUCGAAGAGCUAUAGCCUGCAAAUUUCCUCCUUUAACUUUUGAGAAGACAGAAGAAGGUGCAGUCCACCCCUCAGAUCAUACAAAGUGCUUGAGGAAGCACACGCAACACUUGCACAGGCAGCCCAAGGAAGGGACAGCAGCAAAAGCCAACAUCCAGGUGAACAGUCUGGUGAACUGUAGAGAAAUACCCUUGUUACCUGCUCCCCAGCCUGUGGAGCCAGAAGCCUAUAGUUCACCAGAUGUAGAGAUGGCACAGAUGCCUUCCAUAAGUAGCUGGAGAUGCAGCAGCACUCCACCACAAAGAAGUAGCCAUGCCUGGCAUCCAGAAAAAGAGCUGGCAUUCGGUAUUGACUCCAGUGAGGGGGGGGAGUUGGAAUCCGCAGCCGUACUGGUUACAGAUACUCCUGAGCAUGAGUAUGGAGUAAAGGUUACUUGGAGGCAGCGGCCUCUAAUAAUGAAGUAUCUGCAGGACAGGGGGAAGCUGAGUGUUGCUGACAUACUGGUGAAGACGAACUUCGAGCUCUCAAGGAAACAACCCAAUGUCUGACUUGGCAGGAGCAGUAAACCUGUGCAAAACCGCAUCCGAAUAGACUGUUAUUUCAAGGAUGGAGAGGGAAGCUGAUUUAAGCCAAGCCGUGUGCUACGGCUGGCUCACCCUCCUGAGAAAUGCCACAAGUGCGCGGCGUUCGCGAUGGGGGUAUUUUGGGCUGGGCUUCU